AUGAAGUUCACCUCUAUAAUACUUCUACACGCACUCAUUUGCUGGUUCUUCAAGAUGACCAUCGCGAGUCAGUGUAAGGCAGCAUCUUACUCCAUACAAGAUCACGUGCUUAUAAACCACGUCAUCAAGGCCGGGCCUGCAGAGCUGAUUGAACACUGCAUCUCUCGGUGCAUCGAACAUACUGGUUGCCAUAGCAGCAACUUUUAUCGGAUAAGCAAAUGGUGUGAACUGAAUGAUAAAACGCACGCUUCCCACCCUGAAGAUAUGAGACAAGUUCCAUUUACAAACUACAUGGAGAACACUCUCAGACCUCUCACCUGCAACAAAGACUCAGAAUGUGGCAAAAAUUUGAUUUGUUUUCUAUCGAAGUGCGUAGGUGAGUUUGGUUACUACUUUAUCAUACUUUGACCUUCCUUGUUACGUGUAAGUAAAAGUAAAGCAAUCAAAUAUAAUUAGCUUCUAAAAGGCUUUUAAACCUGUUUUCUUUUUUCUUCCUUUUCACAGUAUGCAGUAUCCAUGCACUUGGGAUGGAAAGUAACUUCUUGCCUAACUCAUCCAUUACAGCGUCCUCUGUAUGGACGAAGCACCCUGGACACGACCCUUGGCUAGCCCGGCUCAAUAAUGUUCCAAAACAUGGCAACGCGGGCUGCUGGUCAACAGAAGUUAAUAAAGCCGGCGAGUGGUUACAAGUUGAUCUCGGGGAGGAGAGGCUGCUAACAAACGUCUCCACACAGGGGAGGCCGCCUCCCGAGGGCAGUCAAUGGGUGACGUCCUACAACAUUUCGUUCAGUUCGGACAGCGUCAAAUGGGAGCCAUACAGGGAAAAUAAUGUUGUAAAGGUAUGUGAUCGUGAUUUUAUUUCUUAAUACGAUUCUAAUAUCGGGAUGGUCGAGGCCACAAGCAAAGUCAAUAGCAGAAGGAUGGCUACUUACAAGGUUCUACGAACAAGCAAAAACUUUCGAGUCAGAAAUCUCGCAAAUUUCGUAUUUUUCUUGAACUAGUUGGCAGAUAAUGUAAUACAAUGGUUGUGGUUGCCAUCAACAGCUCAACCGAAAAAGGGGGAUAUCAGGAAGAUCAGUUACCGUAUUAUCAGCAAACAAACGGUAAUAAAAUGAGGGUCUAAAUUAAUAUUUUCUGUAAAAUUGUGUUUCACAUGGCUUUUCUUGAUUGUUUGAGUGUUAAGAAAAUGCAUGCACUGCUAAUUAUUUAUCAUAAGUUUUGUGCAAUCUUGACGCUUCGGGGUUAAUUCUACUACUUUUUGGCCGAUCGGCAUAUAUUAUUAUUUUUAUUUACGUUUUUUUUUUCUUUCAGGUUUUCGCUGCAAAUUCUGACCGUAACACCAUCGUGUCACAUGUACUAACUGCAAGGUUCCGGGCAAGAUACGUGCGAUUUGUUGCAAUGACGUGGCAUGGACAUAUAUCCAUGCGAGUUGAAUUGUAUGGCUGCGCUGCACCAUAA